CGUAGUGUUUAUGCUCUGAUCAGCAAUUUAAACAAUUUCUACAUGAAUGGGAUAUAUUAAAGGCAGCAGAAAAACUUGUACACUUCAAACAGCCUAUUUUAGCUCUCAUGAACAGUCCUCUGUGGGGCUUAAAAUAAAAAUUGAUUUGUUUGAUGUACUCCGACCGACCCGUGAAAUUUGUCCCGACCCAAUCGUUUUUUCCACACUUCGAAAAUUUUUAAUAAUUUUUUUUUUUUUUUUUUUUUUCUCUCUCCCUGGAAAGUAUACAUUCUUCGAAUACGGAACUUUCGGGAUAUGCCGGAACGACCGAUUAUAUUUGACGUUUAUACACUACGGUCACGUGAUAAUAACCAAUUGUAGGGCAAAGUUGAUAUCGAUACAUAUGGUGUUUCGCUAACAGACGGUCCGUAAAGAGCUAUGCGCAGUCCCACGAUGACGAUCCAAGUCAUUAUUGGUGCUUAGUACCUGGGCGUAAAUUAGAUGGAAGGGAAAAGGCGCAUUUAGACGCGUACCAUUGGAUGCAAGGGGCGCUGUUCAGGGGUGUGUUGGUUAGAAAAUGGAUGAAAGAGACCAGAGAGAUGUAUGAAGAAAUAUUCAAAGAAAUCGAGAGAAGCAGCUCAUCUGAAACAGUAUGGAGACAUGACAAUCUGUGUAAACCAAUCAUCCAGAAAAAGGACAAUAAAAGAAGACAAGUGGUUAACAGCCCAGCAUUAGAGAAGACAACAGAGAAAAUUCAAACUACCAAACUGAGGACAUUCACACCUGUACAGACUGUGCGGGUUCAGAGUGAGCCGACAGCUGAACCAAAAUCUGAAGAACAAUGUGAAGUGGGUCUGCAGUCAGAUAUUCAUUCCUUUGACAGACAUUUCCUCACAGUAGAAACUCAGACGAGUUUUUGUGAGCCCAGUGCUUCUAGUCAAAAUAACCACAGAAAUGAACAGUGCGUACAAACAGAAAGUGAGGCAAAAGAUCAGGAAGUGCUGAAAAUUCUAGAAGUGCCGGUAAAUAUUCAGGAACCAAAGCAAAGUGAUACUUACCAAACUUUUUUGGACACAGCUCCAGCUGCAAAUGAACAAGGAGAGCAGAGAGAAAAUAUAGACAUUGCUGACAGAGUUACAAAAGAAUCUACUUUAAAGGAGCCAGUCUCAUCAAAGAAAGCAAUAAAGACUUCCAAAGGAAUUCCAUCUCCCAGGGGAAACCCAGGGAUGACAUCACAUGUGGGGACCUCUGGUGUUUCAUCCAAUGAAAUGUCGGUGUGGGACAGCUUCCACAACAUCUCAGCUCCUGCUAAUGACUCCGUUCCAGAGGUUCGAUACCCACAGAAUUAUGAAUCACUUCAAGAGAUGAGGAAAAAUAUCGCAAUGGAGUUGCUCUGGGUUCAACAGGCUAUAAACAGUAGAAAGAAUUAUUUGAAAUUGAAAGGACAAAUGUCUGUUUGACCUUUGCCAAAAAAAAUCCUGGAUUCAGCUGUCAUCAGUAGAACAUUUAUAUAUUGUUACCUCAAACUACAGCAGUGUUUAGUGGUCAGCCAAAGUACUAGACAGGAUAGAGAGUUAGUGACCAGCCCAAAGUACUAAAGAGAAUAAAGAGUUAGUGACCAGCCCAAAGUACUAAAGAGGAUGAAGAGUUAGUGACCAGCCCAAAGUACUAAAGAGGAUGAAGAGUUAGUGACCAGUCAAAGUACUAGACAGGAUGAAUAUUUAGUGACCAGCCAAAGUACUAGACAGGAUGAAUAAUUAGUGACCAGCCAAAGUACUAGACAGGAUGAAUAUUUAGUGACCAGCCCAAAGUACUAGACAGGAUAGAGAGUUAGUGGUUAACCAAUGUACAUUACAUGGAGAAAUCUGAGUCAUUUAUAGUAUAUUGUUUUACAUAUAAACAUGUUCAAUAAAUUACUUUGAAUCCUG